UUUCCAUAAUUGUGCGAAAGGGACCGGUUCUAAGGCCCUGUUGGCUCAUCCGCAGAUUCCAUCUGUUGGCUGUAGAAGUUGUAAGUUUUGUAAUAACCAAUAAGUUUUGAAAAUAUCAAUACUAUUUAUGGUUUUUUUUUUCAAGGUUAAAUCUGAUGUCUUUGGAUCAGCGGAAUCGGUCGAAAAAAGGUUUCCGUCCUCUAGAGAACUGAAUCUUCAGGCAUUGAUUUGUGAUAUUGUGAAGAGUAUUCUUCUUUUCCUUCAACAUCGAACCUAAAGUAGAUUAGACCCGAAGCACCGAAAUUGGCCGUCAUAUUUUGGUAAUACCACCUUGCCGGACAAAUAUCGGAGCGCUUUGAAACAAAGUAAACACUGGGUCGCGUAGAGGCGGCAGAAAUAAUAACAUCACCGUACAUGGUCAUCAUUUCACUUUGUGUGAAUGACGGGAAUAAAUGUUGUUCCUCCGAUAGAUUCAAAUCCACCGAAUUGCGUGAAAGGGACCGGUUCCAUGGCACUGUCGAUUCAACCGGAAAAAUCAUCUGUUGGCUGUAGAAAUUGUUGCUCCUGGUCUGUCAAUAAGCAGAAUGGUUCGAACAAAAGUUUCCCCCUUUCGAGAGACCUGAGUCCCCGGGUUCGAUUUCAAUGGUACCGAAAAUGUCCUCGGAAUGUCAUGGUGAUGGAAUUUGUACGCUUUCUGUGUUCUUUGAGCAGAUCUGAAGUUUCGAUAAACAACGGUAGCUGCACCCUGCAUCGAAUACGCGAUAGGCCUCCCGGAUUCACUGCAUCUGACGGUAAAUCGGAAAAAAAUGCUCCACCAUAAAUGACUUCGGUAUCGAAUUUUGAAUACGGCGAAUGCGCCAACUGUAAACAAAUCCAGAUAAUCACAUAAAUGCGUUAAACUCUUCAUUUUACAUCCGAAAAUAUUAUCUCCUUUUAAUUUUUCUUAUUUUAGUGAAAUUAAAUUUAAUUUUUUAAAUAA